AUGGCUUCGUUCCCCGAGACCGACUUCCAGAUCUGCCUGCUGUGCAAGGAGAUGUGCGGCUCGCCGGCGCCGCUCUCCUCCAACUCGUCUGCGUCGUCGUCGUCCUCGCAGACGUCCACGUCGUCGGGGGGCGGCGGCGGGGGUCCGGGGGCCGCGGCGCGCCGCCUCCACGUCCUGCCCUGCCUGCACGCCUUCUGCCGCCCGUGCCUCGAGGCGCACCGGCUGCCGGCGGCUGGCGGCAGCGCGCCGGGAGAGCCCCUCAAGCUGCGCUGCCCAGUGUGCGACCAGAAAGUAGUGCUGGCCGAGGCGGCGGGCAUGGAUGCGCUUCCCUCGUCCGCCUUCCUGCUCAGCAACCUGCUCGACGCCGUGGUGGCCACGGCCGACGAGCCGCCGCCCAAGAACGGGCGUGCCGGAGCCCCGGCGGGGGCGGGCGGCCACAGCAACCACCGCCACCACGCGCACCACGCGCACCCGCGCGCCUCCGCCUCGGCCCCGCCGCCACUCCCGCCGGCGCCGCCGCCGCCCGCGCCUUCCCGCUCUGCGCCCGGCGGCCCGGCGGCCUCUCCGUCCGCGCUGCUGUUGCGCCGGCCUCACGGCUGCAGCUCCUGUGACGAGGGCAACGCGGCCUCGUCGCGCUGCCUGGACUGCCAGGAGCACCUGUGCGACAACUGCGUCCGCGCGCACCAGCGCGUGCGCCUCACUAAGGACCACUACAUCGAGCGCGGCCCGCCAGGUCCCGCCGCCGCGGCCGCCGCGCAGCAGCUCGGGCUCGGGCCGCCCUUCCCCGGCGCGCCCUUCUCCAUCCUGUCGGUGUUUCCCGAGCGCCUCGGCUUCUGCCAGCACCACGACGAUGAGGUGCUGCACCUGUACUGUGACACCUGUUCGGUGCCCAUCUGUCGUGAGUGUACGAUGGGCCGGCAUGGGGGCCACAGCUUCAUCUACCUCCAGGAGGCGCUGCAGGACUCACGGGCACUUACCAUCCAGCUGCUGGCCGAUGCGCAGCAGGGCCGCCAGGCAAUCCAGCUGAGCAUCGAGCAGGCCCAGACGGUGGCAGAGCAGGUAGAGAUGAAGGCAAAGGUGGUACAGUCGGAGGUCAAAGCCGUGACGGCAAGGCACAAGAAGGCCCUGGAGGAGCGGGAGUGUGAGCUGCUGUGGAAGGUAGAGAAGAUCCGCCAGGUGAAAGCCAAGUCCCUGUACCUGCAGGUGGAGAAGCUGCGGCAGAGCCUCAACAAACUUGAGAGCACCAUCAGUGCUGUCCAGCAGGUCCUGGAGGAGGGCCGGGCGCUGGACGUCCUGCUGGCCCGGGACCGCAUGCUGGCCCAGGUGCAGGAGCUGAAGACCGUGCGCAGCUUCCUGCAGCCCCAGGAAGACGACCGCGUCAUGUUCACACCCCCCGACCAGGCCCUGUACCUCGCCAUCAAGUCCUUCGGCUUCGUCAGCAGCGGGGCCUUUGCACCGCUCACCAAGGCCACGGGUGAUGGCCUCAAGCGGGCCCUCCAGGGUAAGGUGGCCUCCUUCACCGUUAUUGGCUACGACCACGAUGGGGAGCCUCGCCUCUCAGGGGGCGACCUGAUGUCAGCUGUGGUCCUGGGCCCCGAUGGCAAUCUGUUUGGUGCCGAGGUGAGCGACCAGCAGAAUGGGACUUACGUGGUGAGCUACCGGCCACAGCUAGAGGGUGAGCACCUGGUGUCGGUCACCAUGUGCAACCAGCACAUCGAGAACAGCCCCUUCAAGGUGGUGGUCAAGUCGGGCCGCAGCUACGUGGGCAUCGGGCUCCCGGGCCUGAGCUUCGGCAGCGAGGGCGACAGCGAUGGCAAGCUCUGCCGCCCCUGGGGCGUGAGUGUGGACAAGGAGGGCUACAUCGUCGUGGCCGACCGCAGCAACAACCGCAUCCAGGUGUUCAAGCCGUGUGGCGCCUUCCACCACAAAUUCGGCACCCUGGGCUCCCGACCCGGACAGUUUGACCGGCCAGCCGGUGUGGCCUGCGAUGCCUCCCGCAGGAUCGUGGUGGCCGACAAGGACAAUCAUCGCAUCCAGGUCUUCACGUUCGAGGGCCAAUUCUUGCUCAAGUUUGGUGAGAAGGGAACCAAAAACGGGCAGUUCAACUACCCUUGGGACGUGGCGGUGAACUCUGAGGGCAAGAUCCUGGUCUCUGACACCCGCAACCACCGGAUCCAGCUGUUUGGGCCCGACGGCAUCUUUCUGAAUAAGUACGGCUUCGAGGGGGCUCUCUGGAAGCACUUUGACUCCCCCCGGGGUGUGGCCUUCAACCAUGAGGGCCACUUGGUGGUCACCGACUUCAACAACCAUCGGCUCCUGGUCAUCCACCCCGACUGCCAGUCUGCGCGCUUCCUGGGCUCCGAGGGCACUGGCAAUGGGCAGUUCCUGCGCCCACAGGGUGUGGCCGUGGACCAGGAGGGGCGCAUCAUUGUGGCCGAUUCCAGGAACCACCGGGUGCAGAUGUUCGAGUCCAACGGCAGCUUCCUGUGCAAGUUUGGUGCCCAAGGCAGUGGCUUUGGGCAGAUGGACCGCCCCUCUGGCAUCGCUGUCACCCCCGACGGGAUGAUCGUGGUGGUGGACUUCGGCAACAAUCGGAUCCUCAUCUUCUAA